AUGGUUGUCCGUAAUAUUCUUGUUGGGCUGGAUGUUUCCAACCUGUACCUGUAUGACAGUGUGCUCAUGCUAGCCAAUGCUUUCCACAGAAAACUGGAGGACAGGAAAUGGCACAGCAUGGCAAGUCUGAAUUGCAUGAGGAAAUCCACCAAGCCUUGGAACGGAGGACGAUCCAUGCUUGAGACUAUUAAGAAGGGCCAUAUAACUGGGCUUACUGGUGUUAUGGAGUUCAGAGAAGAUGGCGCCAACCCCUACGUUCAGUUUGAAAUACUGGGCACUAGCUACAGUGAAACAUUUGGCAAAGAUGUCCGGAGGGUAAAGAUAAGCUUUUCUUUUUUGUUUUCCUCUAAAUAAUAUAAAUUCUAUUAUACAGGAUAAAAUAUU